UUAGCCACUUUGGGGUGCCAUUGUAGUACUAUAACACUAAGAAGAUGGAGGAGAAAGGGAACCGUGGAAGAAUGAAAAAAGGAGGGUGGGUCACAAUGCCCUUCAUCUUUGCAAACGAGAUUUGUGAGAAGUUGGCUGUGGUAGGAUUUAGUACUAAUAUGAUUAACUACUUAACAACACAGCUGCAUAUGCCAGUAACCAAAGCAGCUAACACCCUCACCAACUUUGGAGGGACUGCAAGCUUGACACCUUUGCUUGGGGCCUUCAUCUCUGAUGCAUUUGUUGGUCGGUUCUGGACCAUAACAGUUGCUUCCAUCGUAUACCAAAUAGGCAUGAUUAGCUUAACACUCUCAGCAGUACUGCCACAACUUAGGCCACCCCCAUGUAAAGGUGAUCAAGUGUGCAGAGAAGCCGAUGCCGGACAGGAGGCAAUCCUAUACAUAUCUCUCCUACUAGGAGCCCUAGGAUCGGGUGGGAUCCGACCCUGUGUAGUGGCAUUCGGGGCAGAUCAAUUUGAUGAGACGGAUCCUAAGCAAAACACCAAGACAUGGACUUUUUUCAACUGGUACUAUUUUGUCAUGGGAGCAUCCAUACUAGUGGCUGUGACCGUUCUUGUUUAUAUUCAAGAUAACGUUGGAUGGGGUUGGGGCCUUGGCAUUCCCACCAUCGCUAUGUUAAUUUCAGUUAUUACUUUUAUUAUCGGGUACCCACUUUACCGGAACUUGGAUCCGGUUGGGAGUCCAUUUACCCGGUUGGUACAAGUGAUUGUGGCCGCCUACAAGAAGAGAAAGCUGCCUUCGGUAUAUGAUCCUAAAUUAUUAUACCAAAAUGACGAGCUUGAUGCCUCAAUUUCUUUGGCAGGGAAACUUGUUCACACCAAGCACAUGAAGUUCCUUGACAAGGCAGCUAUUGUUACAGAAGAAGACAACCUCAAAUCUGGGCAAGCACCAAACUUUUGGAGAUUGAACACUGUUCAUAGAGUGGAAGAAUUAAAAUCAGUGAUCCGAAUGGGUCCUAUAUGGGCUUCAGGCAUCCUUCUUAUCACAGCCUAUGCACAACAAAGCACAUUCUCAAUUCUACAAGCCAAAACCAUGAAUAGGCACAUCACAAAAUCCUUCCAAAUCCCUGCUGGCUCCAUGACUGUCUUCUCCUAUAUCACCAUGCUCAUCACAAUCGCAUUUUAUGACCGUCUUUUCAUUCCCUUGGCUCGCAAAUUCACUGGGCUUGACCGUGGCAUCACCUUCUUGCAUCGAAUGGGAAUCGGGUUUGUUAUCUCCAUACUCGCCACUCUAGUUGCCGGGUUCGCCGAAGUGAAGCGUAAAAAUGUGGCUUUAGCACACGGUCUCAUCGAUCAGCCUCAUCCUGAUAUCCCUAUAUCAGUAUUUUGGCUUGUACCACAGUAUUGCCUUCAUGGGAUUGCUGAAGCUUUCAUGUCCAUAGGACAUCUUGAGUUUUUCUACGACCAGGCACCAGAAAGCAUGAGGAGCACUGCUAUGGCAUUGUUUUGGUUGGCUAUUUCAUUUGGGAAUUAUUUCAGCUCGCUACUUGUUUAUGUAGUGCACAAGUUUAGUGCUGGGCCUAAUGGAUCAAACUGGCUUCGGAAUGACAAUCUGAGUAAGGGAAAGUUGGAAUACUUUUACUGGCUACUCACAUUGUUGCAAGUCGUAAAUCUUAUUUACUACUUGUAUUGCGCCAAAAUAUAUACAUUUAAGCCUGUUCAGGUGCAUGGGAAAGAAAGUGGUACUUCUGAAGAAGAUGGAGUUGAGCUUGCAAACCGGGUUUAGUUACAGCUUUAGGCACAGUUGGGGUUCAAUACAGUCCAAUUGACCCUUUUUUUCUAGCUUCACUCCCAAAUGACCGUGCUUGUAGGGAAAAUGAGGAGAAUAUAUUCUGUUCAAUAAUGUGAACGUAAAAUAAAGAUAGAAUUAAAGUAUCAAUUAAUAUCA